AAAGCACCUCUCCACAAAAACACUCUCGAUCGAUUCAGCAAUACUACGCCCAAAAGUGAUUUACUCCAUCCUACUAGCAAUCUCGAUUCCAGUUCGUGCGUGAGAGGUACUAACAGAAAGAUGGCCUCCAACACGAACCAGGCGAGCUACCAGGCCGGCGAGACCAAGGCCCGCGCCGAGGAGAAGUCGGGGCAGAUGAUGGGCGCGACCAAGGACAAGGCGGGGCAGGCGACGGAGGCCACGAAGCAGAAGGCCGGGGAGGCCAAGGACAGGACGGCGGAGACGGCUCAGGCGGCCAAGGACAAGACGGCCCAGACGGCCCAGGCCGCCAAGGACCGCGCCGUGGAAGGCAAGGACAACACCGGUAGCUUCCUCGGCGAGAAGACGGAGGCGGCCAAGCAGAAGGCCUCCGAGACCGCCGAGGCCGCAAGGCAGAAGGCGGCGGAGACAGCGCAGUAUACACAGGAAAGAGCAUCUGAUGCGACCCAGUAUACCAAGGAGUCCGCCGUCGCUGGCAAGGACAAGACCGGCAGCGUCCUCCAGCAGGCCGGGGAGCAGGUGGUGAACGCGGUGGUGGGAGCCAAGGACGCGGUGGCGAACACGCUGGGGAUGGGAGGAGACACCGCCAAGGACAGCGCCAAGGACGCCACAAACAGCGCCAAGGACACCACCAACAGCGCCAAGGAGAAGAUCACCGGGGAUCACUAGGAUGUUCGUCGAUCCCCGGCGCUUAAUUUGUUUCCCUUUUGGUUUCGUCGACCGUUAGCUGGUCCUAUCUUUGAUUUACACUCUCCCUUGAUUUAUGUAUGUUUCCAUUUCCACUUUCCACUUGUAUGUUUUCCCACAUGUCGAUCGGUAAUAUAUAUGGCCACUUUACCUUA